AUGCUGAUCCCAGCCACAUCCAAGAACAGCACGACUGGCUACAAGAACGUGUCCUACAAGCGCAGCAAAAACAAGUUCCAGGCGCAGGUGCAGGAUGGCGGCAAGUGUGUCCGCCUCGGCUCCUUCGACACCGCCGAAGAGGCGGCCACCGCCUACGCUCAGUCAGAGUACGGCCGCGCCGACGCCGCCAAGCUGCUGCAGCCCCGCCCCGCUCCCACUCCCGCUGGCGCCGAGGCGAUACGGCAGGCGGAGAGGGAGGGCCUCACCCUCACCGCCAGUAGCAGCAGCAACACCGGCUACAAAGGCGUCUGCUACCGCCAGAAGCAUCAUGGCAGCCAGAAGUACGAGCUGAAGGUGAGGGACGGCGGCAAGCAACCAGCUUAUGGCAGCCCGAGCGGCAGCGCCAACUUAUGGCAGCCCUAG